AUGGGCAUGGGCGGCGGCGGGUUCGGCAGCAUCCUCGGGAUGGCCGGCGGGUGGGGCGGCGGCUACGGCGGGCCUGCCGACGGGUACGCCCACAGCGGCGUGGUGGCGCCCACGGUGACGUGCGCCGAGAAGGGGCCCUGCUAUAGGAAGAAGGUCACCUGCCCCAAGAAGUGUUUCUCCUCCUACAGCGGCGCCGGCAAGGGAUACGGCGGUGGUGGUGGCGGUGGCAGCUGCACCGUCGACUGCAAGGUCAAGUGCACGGCCUACUGUUGA